AUGGCGGACGGCAAAUCCCAGCGGGCCGCCCAGCCUGCCUCUGGUACGAACAACACCACCGGAUACGACGCCGCCUCCCUCAGCCAGCACUCCCUCCACCACCAGCUUCUCGAUUCCGCCGCCCUCGCGAGCGCCGCCACCUCCUCCUCCCUUGGCGCCGACACACGCCCGACCUCACAAUCACAACCAUCCCAGCCCAAACCAGCACUUCGGGGGCUCCCCCUGAUGCCUGCGCCCCCUCAAGAUGCGGCCUCGAUCAAAUUUUUCAAUCUCCUCAAAGUUCUCUCCGUCACGCCUACCAAAUACGAAAACCCCGGUUUACUGGACGAGGCGCUGUGCACCCUCCCGCUCGAUCGUCUGUACUCGGAAGCAGAGGAGGAAUCACAAAUCCUGAACGCCCAGGCCGCCAGUGUGGGUAGCAAGCCAGAAUGGGGAUAUCAAGAUUGUGUGAUCCGGGCCUUGCUCAAGUGGUUCAAGCGGUCCUUCUUUCAAUUUGUCAACAAUCCACCCUGCUCGAGAUGCUACAUGCCCACCAUUGCCCAGGGAAUGACCCCUCCUAGCCCCGAUGAGACCGCCCGUGGUGCCACGCGAGUCGAGCUGUAUCGGUGCUCAGAGCCCACAUGCGGUGCAUACGAACGGUUCCCUCGCUACUCCGACGUCUGGCAACUGUUGCAAACACGCCGAGGUCGUGUGGGGGAGUGGGCAAAUUGCUUCAGCAUGCUGUGUCGUGCCAUGGGCGCCCGGGUGCGCUGGGUGUGGAACUCGGAAGACUAUGUCUGGACAGAAGUCUACUCGGAGCACCAACGCCGCUGGAUUCAUGUGGAUGCGUGUGAAGAGGCAUGGGACCAGCCCCGCCUAUACACCGAGGGCUGGCGUCGCAAGUUGUCGUACUGCAUUGCAUUCUCCAUCGACGGGGCGACCGACGUCACUCGUCGCUAUGUUCGCAACUUCUCCAAGCAUGGCAGCCCUCGCAACCGUGCACCCGAGGAGGUUGUCCUCUGGUCCAUUGGAGAGAUUCGCCGUCAGCGUCGCGACAAUCUCACCAAAUCGGAUCAACGUCGUCUGAUGAAAGAGGAUGAGCGCGAAGAGCGGGAACUUCGCGGAUACAUCGUGUCUGCCCUCGCUGCGGAGAUUCAAAACAUUCUUCCCCGUAGUCUGGCCGGGCGCCCCGGAGAGCAGAAGCACGCCGACGCCCGCCAAGAAGCGGCCAGCGAGUGGCUCAGCGCCCGGGGGCACGGUCAUUCAGGACCAGAUCGCUCGAAUGGUGGUCCCUGA